AUGGAACCCACCGUAGAUGACUUGCAGCUUGUGCCCCCGGCAACCAAGGAAGUCCCUGCCCCGGAUGUCAUGUGCUGCCGAGCAGCCAUCACUGGACUGGUGGUCAUCAGCAUAGUCAUCCUCAACUUGGGAGUCUUUUCCGCCUUCCUCUCCAUGCAGAGUGUCCACAUGGACCACACGGCCAGGCUGCAGGGCAUCCGCUGGGCCAGGAGCUUGCAGGAGGAGGCCUCGGAUUACUACUGCACACUGACGCCUGCACUGGAAGCACUGCUGCACUUCCAGCUACGAGCCCUCCAGCCUCUGAGCCGGGGUGUGGAGGAAGAGCUACUACAGCAGGGGAUCCAGGCAAGGCUGCAGGAACAGGACAUCCCCCUAGCUGCCUAUGGCACCAUUGUGUCAGCAGAGCUUGUGGGAAGCCAUGAGGGGCCACUGGCAGAAAGAGACCUAAAAUCAGGCCACUGUCCAGAGAGCUCCUUUUCCUGCCAGAAUAGCCAGUGUGUGACCAAAGUGAACCCGGAGUGUGACGACAGAGCAGACUGCACUGAUGGAUCUGAUGAGGCGCACUGUGACUGUGGUUUGCAGCCUGCCUGGAAGACAGCUGGCAGGAUUGUGGGCGGUGUGGAGGCAUCCCCAGGGGAGUUCCCUUGGCAAGUCAGCCUUCGAGAAAAUAAGGAGCACUUCUGUGGGGCCACCAUCAUCAGUGCCCAAUGGCUGGUGUCUGCCGCCCACUGCUUCAAUGAAUUUCAAGACCCAACGGAGUGGGUGGCCUAUGUGGGCACAACUUACCUCAGCGGCUCUGAGGCCAGCGCUGUGAGGGCCCGGGUGGCGCGGAUCAUCAAGCACCCUCUUUACAACUCAGACACGGCUGACUUCGACGUGGCGGUACUGGAGCUGAGCCGCCCACUGCCCUUGGGCAGGUACAUCCAGCCCGUGUGCCUCCCGGCGGCCUCGCACAUCUUCCUACCCAGCAAGAAGUGUCUGAUCUCGGGCUGGGGCUACCUCAAGGAGGACUUCUUGGUCAAGCCAGAGGUGCUGCAGAAAGCCACUGUGGAGCUGCUGGACCAGGCCCUAUGUGCCAGCCUGUACGGCCACUCGCUCACAGACAGGAUGUUGUGUGCUGGCUACCUGGAUGGGAAGGUGGAUUCCUGCCAGGGUGACUCAGGAGGCCCCCUGGUCUGUGAGGAGCCCUCUGGCAGGUUCUUUCUGGCUGGCAUCGUGAGCUGGGGAAUUGGCUGUGCAGAAGCCCGGCGUCCGGGGGUCUAUGCCCGAGUCACCCAGCUGCGGGACUGGAUUCUGGAGGCGACCACCAUGACAAGGCUGCCCCUGGCCCCCACAGUGGCACUUGCCCCUGUCACCCCCAGUGGGCCCACCAGCCCGGAGAACCCCACCAAACCCACACCGGCCCCUAGCACUGUGCCUUUAGAUCCAGUCACUGCUCCUAAGCCACAAGACUGCGGGGCCAGACCCGCGAUGGAGAAGCCCACUCGGAUAGUGGGUGGGUUUGGAGCUGCUUCUGGGGAGGUGCCCUGGCAGGUCAGCCUGAAGGAGAGUUCCCGGCACUUCUGUGGAGCCACUGUGGUGGGAGACCGCUGGCUGCUGUCUGCUGCCCACUGCUUCAACCACACCAAGGCAGAGCUGGUGCAGGCUCACCUGGGCACAGCGUCCCUCCUGGGCCUGGGUGGCAGCCCAGUGAAGGUUGGGCUGCAGAGGGUGGUGCUGCAUCCACUGUACAACCCCGGCACCCUGGACUUCGACCUGGCUGUUCUGGAGCUGGCCAGCCCUGUGGUCUUCAACAAGUACAUCCAGCCGCUCUGCUUGCCCCUGGCCAUUCAGAAGUUCCCUGUGGGCCGCAAGUGCAUGAUCUCAGGGUGGGGUAACACACAAGAAGGAAAUGCUACUAAGCCUGACCUUCUGCAGAAGGCAUCUGUGGGGAUCAUUGACCAGAAGACGUGCAGUGUGCUCUACAACUUCUCCCUCACAGACCGGAUGAUCUGUGCCGGGUUUCUGGAAGGCAGAGUAGACUCCUGCCAGGGUGAUUCUGGGGGCCCUCUGGCCUGUGAGGAGACCCCUGGCGUGUUCUACCUGGCAGGGAUCGUGAGCUGGGGGAUCGGCUGUGCACAGGCCAAGAAACCUGGUGUGUACGUGCGGAUCACCAGGCUGAAGGGCUGGAUCCUGGAGACUAUGUCCUCCCGUCCCUUCCCUGUGUCUCCCCCCUUGACCACAAGGGCACCAGUCCCCUCCAGCCAUCCCUCCAGCACAAUGGCUGGCUUCACAGUCCCAUUCGUCACCACCAGUAGACCCACCUCCAGAGCCACCAGCCAACCUGCCAACGUGACUGUAUCCACCAUGAGCACCACUGCUAGGGAAUACUCGCCACUGGCAGAUGCCCCUGAGACCACCAUGCACUCUCAGCUACCAGACUGUGGCCUAGCGCCAGCCAUGGCACUGACCAGGAUCGUGGGUGGCAGUGCUGCAAGCCUCGGGGAAUGGCCAUGGCAAGUGAGCCUGUGGCUGCGGCGCCGGGAGCACCGUUGCGGGGCCGUGCUGGUAGCAGAGAGGUGGCUGCUGUCAGCAGCACAUUGCUUCGACAUCUAUGGGGACCCCAAGCAGUGGGCAGCCUUCCUGGGCACACCAUUCCUAAGCAUUGCUGAAGGGCAGCUGGAGCGUGUGACGCGCAUAUACAAGCACCCGUUCUACAACCUCUACACGCUGGACUAUGAUGUGGCACUGCUCGAGCUGGCCGGGCCUGUGCACCGUAGUCAUCUGAUACGGCCCAUUUGCCUACCUGAGCCCGUGCCACGGCCUCCGGAUGGAGCACGCUGUGUCAUCACUGGCUGGGGCUCUGUGCGGGAAGGAGGCUCCAUGGCACGACAGCUACAGAAGGCGGCAGUGCGCCUCCUCAGUGAACAGACAUGCCGCCGCUUCUACCCAGUGCAGAUCAGCAGCCGUAUGCUGUGUGCAGGCUUCCCGCAGGGCGGUGUGGACAGCUGCUCCGGUGAUGCUGGGGGACCUCUGGCCUGCAGGGAGCCCUCUGGACGGUGGGUGCUAACUGGGGUCACCAGCUGGGGCUAUGGCUGUGGCCGGCCCCACUUCCCUGGUGUCUACACUCGGGUAUCGGCUGUGAGAAGAUGGAUAGGGCAGAACAUCCAGGAGUGACUGCCAUGUGCCUGCCCCGGCCCAGAUGCCAGAUGUGAAAGCAGCACAAACACCGGCCACCCAAUUCAAGGAGGAGCAUCCAGGUGGCAGGCAGUGGGUGGGGGGCUGUGGGCAACAAAGUGUGGUUUGACUGCAUACUUUCUUCCAAUAAACAGCCCUGCACCCUAGCUUGUUGGUUGG